AUGCCGACAAAUUGGAAUGGAAAUAAUGAAAUAAAUGAUCAGACAAGAAUCAAUUUAUUCUCAACAGUCACUGGAUCAGUUUCUGAAUUUGUUAAUAAAGCAUUUUUAAAAUCGGCCAAAAUUGAUGAAAAUGAAGAAUUACUUGAGGAAGAAGAUAAAUAA